AUGAUCCUCAAGGCCAAUUCCGGCAUUGCAGUAGCACAAGCGGAGCUAGGCGACAUGUACUGUGAUAACACUGGAGGCGUCGAACAGGAUUACAGAUUAGCCAUGGAAUGGUACCAAAAAGUCGCUGCUCAAGACAACAACGCAAAAGCCCAACUCAAGAUCGGAUACCUCUUCCACUCAGGUUUUGGCGUGCCACAAGACGAUGCCCCACCCUUUGAAUGCCACCUCACGUCCGCGGAACAAAGCAAUGCCAUGGCGCAUAUCAAGUGGAUGUUGAAGGCGACCGGGCGAGGGUUGGUCGAGGCUGAGUGCAUGACGGAGGUGACCUACAAGUCUGAAGGGUGUGCUGAUAUGAACUUCGACAGGAUAAUGAAUUGGAGCCUGAAGGCGGCCGAGAAGAACGUCCCUCCGGCCCUAGGUAAUAUUGGAGAUAUGUACCUUUUUGGUGAGGGCGUACCUAAGGAUGAUGUGAGGGCAAGUGAGGGGUACCGGAUGGCGGCCGAACAAGGCUAUACGAGCGCCCAGUUCAGUCUUGGGAAUCCCUACAAGGACGGUGACGGUGUCCCCUAG